AGCUAAAUACUCAGCUACUUGCGCCGUUUCCUAAGGAUCGACAUCCGGGGUGUUUGGCCUCCAUUCUCAUCGUCCCACCUACUUCCGGUAUUAGCACGUGGACCCAAGCGACUGUUUCUCUCCAGCUACCAGUUACCACAUACGCUGGACGUCGAGGAUAUAUGUGACAGUCUCGCCAUCGGGACAGCAGCAGUGACCACACCCUAAUCAUGCAGUUGUCGGAGGUGUUGUGUACGAUAACGUUAUUACUGUCGCUACUGGAACAGUCAGUACAUGCACAAGGUAGGAAAUGUCCGAAGCUAUCCCUGCCAAAUGGCCGCGUGAAGAUGCGGGCGAGGGGGAAGUUUGCUUACUUCAAGUGCAAGAAGAGGUAUACAAGACUGGGGGACAGGUUUGCUGUGUGCCUUCAGUCGGAGACCUGGAGCCACCCUACGCCAAUAUGUAUAUCACGCGGUUGUUCCCCUCCAAACCUAGAAGCUAGCCCUCGGAUUGAGGUAGAAACGAGCUACAAUGGCGCCCUUCUCAAGUUUACCUGUCCAGUAGGAACCAAACGCACUGGACCGGAAGUCAUCACGUGCAACGGACGAGAGUGGAGUGAAGACCCUCCUACCUGCGACAGUGGCUACACAAUGGAGUGUGACUUUGAAGACGAGGGAAUCUGUGGGUGGAGUCAGGAUACCUUUGACAACUUUGAAUGGACGAGAAUGUCUGGGACCACGCCCACAAUGAGUACAGGACCUCCCGGAGACCACACCACUGGCUCAGGAUUCUACUUGUUUAUUGAGAGUUCGAGUCCAAGGAAGGCGGGAGAUACUGCUCGGCUUAUCUCGCCCGCUUACCCGCCCACGCUCCGGAACAUGUGCUUUGAGUUCUGGUACCAUAUGAAGGGACCAUCGGACGACGACGCUGUGGGAAGCCUGGAGGUAUACAUCCUACCCACUUCAGUCAGCAUAGCGGAAAUCGAUCCCGAGUUUUACCUAGACGGGAAUCAAGGAAACGAGUGGCAUCGCGGACUUGUGAAGAUCCCUGACCAAGACGAGAUAUUCAAGAUCGUGAUAGUUGGCACAAGGAAAGAGGCGUUUGUCAGCGACAUUGCCAUUGAUGAUCUCCGCAUGUACAACUGUUCAGAAGUGACUACAACGACGAUGGCAUCAACAACAACAACAACACCAACAACAACCACUGUGACUGUAACGACAAGUACUACCGACAGCGUUGUGACUGCAGGCCGUGUCAGCUCCACAACAUCUGCCAAUAGUACACGUGAGAUGGCCAAGAACGUCACCACAGAAAUAGUGCCCUCUGUUAAAACGACUUUGCCUGUACCAGCGACAACGACAGCUAAACCUAUGACAACUUCAUCUGUGGCUCCGAUUACUACAACUGUUUUGACUACGUUACAAACAACACCUACAACGACAAGCACAUCAGCAACAUCUACAACUUCUACCACUACGAAGAUGACAACACCGCAAAGACAAACUUCGACAGUGAGAUUUUCAGCGAAGCUCUCUACCAACACAAAGGCUCCAACUGUCUCAAUGACGUCAUCUCCUGCCAUAUCUACAACUACUGCGCCUACAUCUACACAACAGCCAACGUCAACUUCAACAUCUUCGGCAGUGACAUCAGUCUACAGUUUCACCAGUGAGGCCCAAACCAACGCAACCAAUCGGAAUGUCACCGCUCGCAAAGGAGAAUCUCAAUACGUCACGCAUGGUCUACAGUCGACGUCACCACGUCCGGAUGAAAAUUUUACGUCAUCAGGUGACGAUGACCUUUUUACAGGAAAUGACAUCAAUACGACACCUGCUACUGUUAAAAACAUGACGUCAGCAGCAGCAGCAGCAACAACAUCAGCCGGCAUUCAAGCAGUAGCAGAUGUAAGGAACACUAAGAAAUCUACAGGAGGAGGGGUUAUGCCCCUUAUUAUCGGGAUCUCUGCUGGGAUUGUUUUGGGGAUGAUUGUGAUAGGCAUCCUUGCUUGGCUGUGGACCCGCAACCAACGGAAGAAGAAAGAACAGGAAGCUGCAGAAGAUGAACUGAACAUGCUCACAACAUCAGAUGCAGCGAGCUAUAAUUAUAAUUAAUAUUAAGUAUUAAAACAUAAAUUGAAAGUAAAUUUUGUGUUAAUUGGCCAUUUAAUCCAAGUGGUGUUUGGACUGAAAAGGUUACUUUAAGUGUGUCGUCCUUCUACGAUAUCUUUCAUCAAUUGACUUUGUGCGAAAUAGUUGGUAAAGUCUAAAAAUUAACUUCGCCAAAUCUAUCGACUAUUUUAAGUAAUGUACAGAUAACUCAACAUGAGAUUUUGUGAAAUAGAUAAUAAAUUACCCUAAACAAUACAUUGAGUACUUAGGAAUAUCUGGGGUAUUCAGUGAAAAGAUAACAUUGACUUCGUAUAUGUUUUUGCAAUGUGUGUCCGAUAUAUCAAAAUACCACGACGACGGUGUAUCAUUCACCUCUGUUGGGAAAAUGUCUGGAAAAAAUGCUCUAAUCAAACAAAAUGACAAAGCGUUAACAAAAUAUUGCAUGUGACAGGUAUUCAAACGUUUUGUUUACACUUUGAAUUUUCACGAACUUCUUAAUCGUUGACAAUGGUUAUGGUUGCAAACGAUAUGAUUACCUGUUUUCAUCAAGAUGAUUGUUUUCAAUGGAAACUGAUCCCAAAGUCAAACGUUUGGCAUUUGUAAAUAUAUAUAUUGGAUUGUGGAUGGUGAUGCAACAAAAUAAAGAUGUGCUUCCAGUAAUAGACCUUCGUCUUCUCCCCUACCCGAUUUGCGUUCGACCAUAGUGUAGUAUUUAUCUGAGAUCUGCAAUACUUUCUUUGGAAUUUGGAUUUAGAAUUAGCCAAUACUAUUGAAAUACCAUUGGAUGUAUGACAUGUAUUAUAUGAUAUCUAUGAAACAAGAAUCGUUUCCCUUUUUUCAUCGUGUUUUGAUACGUUUCUUGCAGAUAAAGCUUACGAGGAAUUGAAUGAAGCAUAACUGUAGCAGGGUUUAACUGGUGAAUGUUUUCGUGAAAGUGUAUUUGGCUGUUAAGUAUGAUUUGAAACAAAAAUUGAACUAAUAACUUCUAUACACACACGGUGUAGUGAAUAGAACGUACUCUUAGUGGUAUGCGUUUUCGUGAAAUACAUUACAUAGCAACGAACAUAUGUGUUUGUUCGAAGCAAUAACUUUCUAUCGGCUGAUUAUUAUCAUGCUAAAUAUUAAUAAUGACUUCAAUGAAACAAAGUGUGUACAGGUACAGACCUGGAGCAUGCUCUCCUUGUUUUAUAUCACUCUGUGUUUCAUCCUGAAUGUCAUAUAUAGAGGAUUCAUCACGAGUGUUUUUUAAUAUGGGAAAUAUCAACCGAGUCUUAAUUAAUCGGGAUUUGCCGAGCCUUUAAAAAGACGAGUGAUGAAUUCUAUUUAUCAUUUUCACAUUUUUGCUUCCAAAUUAAGGAAUAAUUGCAUUAAACAUUAACAUCAGCAACUUGUCGAAAUCUUACUUAUAGAUCGUGCGUAGUGAUACAUGUUU